GGAAGGUGUAGGUCCCUUUUGCUCUCAAGCUUUUUAGAGAGAGAAAUAGGGUUUUAGAGCGAGAGACCAAGGGUUUUUAAACCUCCCUCAAGAACCAAUUAUUCAAUGGAAGAAGCUUCAUCACCAUUGUCGCAGCCUAAAAAGAGAGGUAGGCCCAAGGGCUCCAAGAAGAUCACCAGGGAAGAACGAGAGAUUUCAGGUCUCAAGAUGAGAGACAGAGCUUCCGCUGUCGGAAACAAGAAAGCGGCCGUCGUCGACGAGAAGUACAAUAACUGGAAGUCCGUCGUCCCCAUUCUUUAUGAUUGGCUUGCUAACCAUAACCUCGUUUGGCCCUCUCUCUCUUGCCGAUGGGGACCAUUGCUGGAACAAUCGAAGAACAAGAAUAAGCAGCGUCUGUAUCUUUCGGAACAGACUGACGGUAGUGUUCCAAAUACACUAGUAAUAGCAAAUUGUGACGUAGUGAAGCCAAAAGUUGCUGCAGCAGAACACAUAUCUCAGUUCAACGAGGAAGCUCGUUCUCCCUUUGUAAAGAAGUUCAGAACUAUCAUUCAUCCUGGAGAGGUGAACAGAAUUAGGGAACUGCCACAAAACAAGAACAUAGUUGCUACACAUACAGACUGCCCAGAGGUCCUCAUUUGGGAUAUUGAAGCACAGCCUAAUCGUUACGCUGUUCUUGGAGCUGCUGAAUCUCAUGCUGAUUUGGUGCUUACAGGACAUUCGGAUAAUGCAGAAUUUGCCCUUGCAAUGUGCCCAUCUGAACCUUAUGUACUCUCUGGAGGAAAGGAUAAAUAUGUGGUUUUGUGGAGUAUUCAUGACCAUAUAUCAACACUGGGUGGAGGAGACUCAACCAACACUUCAGGAUCUACAGGGUCAAUUGUUAAAAGUGUUAAUAAUGCUUCUCUGGGGCCUCGUGGGAUCUUUCAAGGGCAUGAGGAUACGGUUGAAGAUGUGCAGUUCUGUCCAACAAGUACACAGGAAUUCUGUAGCGUUGGAGAUGAUUCUUGCCUGAUACUGUGGGAUGCAAGAGUUGGAACCGACCCGGUCAUGAAGGUCGAAAAGGCACAUAAUGCUGACGUUCACUGCGUUGAUUGGAGUCCUCAUGAUGAGAACUAUAUUCUCACCGGGUCAGCUGAUCACUCUGUUUGCAUGUUUGACCGCCGAAAUCUAACUUCUGAUGGAGUCGCCUCUCCUGUUCAUAAAUUUGAAGAACACAGAGCUCCUGUUCUUUGUGUCCAGUGGUGUCCAGACAAGCGUUCUGUCUUCGGGAGUUCAGCAGAGGAUAGCUGUGUAAAUAUCUGGGAUUAUGAACAGGUUGGUAAAAAGACAGAACACGGGACAAAAUCUCCAAACUCUGCUCCGGGGUUGUUCUUCAAACAUUGUGGGCACAGGGACAAAGUGGUAGACUUCCAUUGGAAUGUGUAUGAUCCAUGGACUGUUGUUAGUGUAUCUGAUGAUGUUGAAACAACAAGUGGUGGUGGUACCCUUCAGAUUUGGCGAAUGAGCGAUUUGAUAUACCGACCCAGGGAUGAAGUGUUGACGGAAUUAGAGGACUUCAAGGCUCAUGUUGCUACAUGUGGUCCACGGGCAUAGCAUCAUUGUUUUUAUACGUUUUAUGUUUGAUUUAAGAUUAGGUUGUUUGCUAGCUUGAAACCUAUGAAGAACAGAAUUAGGAGGAAUAAUAUGAAUUUCAAGUGGAUCCUUAGCAUUAGCAAUUUUAUAAUGUUGAUGGUAGAAUUGGUGUGGAAAUUUUGGUUCAGUUUCAUCGUUUUGAGAAUGUUU